GCCAGCCUCAUUCUCAACCAAAACUUUAAAAUUUUAAAGGCUGCUAAGGCUUCUAUAGGGCAAACUAAUGGAGGAAGAAGCUAUCAAUGGAAUUUUUUCCAUGAAAUCUGAUCAUGUGUUCAAGAAACUGAGCGGCUCGGACGAGGCUUGCUCAAAAUCUUGGUCAUUAGAUAACAGAUUGGAUGAUGAAUUAAGUGGUUUGAUUUCAGGUGGUGGUGGGUCAAGGGGUAGCUGGAACAUAACCAAUGGGAAGAAGGAUGAUGAUGAUGUGGAAGUAGGGGAGGAAGUGGUGAAGGAAGCAGAAAAGAGGGAUGAACAGACACAUUACCGUUGGAAGCAAAAGUGGCAAAAUGCAAAGGGAGACCAAAUUUCGGCAAUGAAUGACAUACUAAUUAAUGCAGAAGGUUCCCAAAACAAGUUAAAGGCUAAUUGGGAUGACAAAAUCCAAUUUCACUACACCAGCAAUCAUGAAAGGAUGAUAGCAAACUCAAAGAUUGUGCCAAACAGUCAGGUUGCACAAAUAAUUCUAAAAAAGGAAGGCAUAGGAUGAUGGAAAUAGAUGGGCCAUUAGGAC